UUGCUUUUCGGUGAGCAAAGGGAUCAGGUCAGUUCUCUCUCCCCCUCCGGCUGUAGGCCGGGUGGGGGAGGGGAAAAAGGCCACGAGGCGGCGUGAGGUAGGCCGGAGGCCUUGGAUCUUGGAGAGAGAGAGAGACCGGGGGGGGGGGAGUGAAAGGAUGGAGGGGUGAAAGUAGUGAGAAGCACCGAGCAAAUUUCCCCCCCCCCCCCCCGCUUCCUAGAGAUGAGAGAGAGAAAGGAGAGAAAGAGAUAAGAUGCGGCUUGCAGCUCCUGGGAAGUCGGCCAAAAGUGAGAAGGGAGUCCGGCACCUAUAAAGAUGAUUUUAACCCUUUUUUUUUCCUCAUGAUGGAAACCUUGCAAACGUUGAUCCUCCCGGAGGAAAGAGAUAAGGCUGGAACAAGAAGAAAUGGACAAGUGUAAUGAGAGUUGGAGUUUGCUUGCUCUGUUUCUGAUCACAUCUCACAGUAGACACCAGGGUGGAUGUGUUUUCAUGGAGGCAUUGGCAUUGUGCCCAGUCCAAAACCAUGACACACAGCAUGGUGUAUGCUGCCUACAUCAGUGUGCAGGCAGCCCUUUUUGACCUUUUACCUGCAUCUGUAAAUACUGUCAGCUGUGAUACCGGACAGUCAGAUCUCCAGGGUCUGUCCUCCAGAUGCUGCUGCUCCAAUAAAGAACUCUCAACAGCCUACGGGGAGCCCUGCAGUGGAACCGACCCCUACCACUGGAGAAUCCAGUCCAUGACAUCCAACCUGGCGACCGAGUGUAUGUGAAAAAUUGGUUCACGGAUCCACUGAAGGAAACAUGGGAUGGCCCCUACCAAGUGAUCCUGACGACCUACACAGCAAUAAAGGCGGCGGGAAUCGACACCUGGAUCCACUACACUCGAGUCAAGAAAAUUCCAACACAAUGGGAGACUCAGAUGGUCUCCCCGACGCGAAUGAUAUUACGCGCAAAGCCGCAUUCUUAAUCAUUCUGUUACUGGUGAUGAUGAAAUUAAUACCCACUCAAGGUUUUGUGGUUGUCACUGUUUCAGAACCUGUUGUUGGAAUCAUGGAAGGGAUGGAUGUGAAUUUGACCUGUGUUAUUACCAAUGACCAGAAAGCUGAAGCCCGAGAUUUACGAGUAUUCUGGAAACAAGGAGCUGGGUACCCCAAGGCAAGUUUUACUACUAUUUGGGAUAGGGAUGCACAAAAAGGGAAUACCACACUACAAUUGAAGCAAAUAACUGGAGAAGAUAUGGAGGUUUAUAUGUGUAUAGUGCAAAUUAGACGUAGUUUUGACUAUAAGAAAAUUAAAUUGAGGGUGGUAUCUUGGAGAUUACAGGAAGGAACAAUUUCUCAGGAAUCAGUGUCAGUCAGGCCAACAUCCGCUAUUCAAGACAUGUGGGACGGUCCUCCGUUAAAGCUUAAUUGCCCAUUCACUCUAACAGAAGCAUGCAAACAAGAAGUGAAAGUUAAGUGGUGGAAAGAACAACAACAAAUGUGGGAACGAAUUGACCAGGGAGUGAGUUGGUGGAAAUUAUGGGACAAAGGAAUUGGGUGGCUAAAUAUCUCAGAUCCUGAACAAGGCAUAGACGAAGGGCGGUAUCUGUGCCUAGUUACAUGUGGAAUAGAUGCAGACUAUGGCAUUCGAUCAUCAAUAGCUAGGGCACAUUUGGGGGAAAGGAUCAAGGCAACACAUGGAAUUUUUCGAGCAGUGCAAGGCUUGGCAGUUAUCUUAGUCUGUAAGGUAGAGAAAGAUGUACAGUUUAUCGAAUAUGGAUGGUGGUUUGGGGGAAACAAUAUUCGGGACAAAGAAGGGAAAUAUCGCAAGGAGAAACGAUCAGAUCAAACUAUAGUCCUUAUAAUUAGGGACGUACAGCCGGAGGACGAGGGAUAUUAUUGGUGCUGGAUUAGCAAAGACUCCUGGUGGGGACAUUCAAGAACGAUAGUCUCACUAACUCGAGGGAAACCGAGAAGAGUAAGAGAAAUUAAUAUUACCACUCAAAAUGAGCAAAAACAAGAGAAUCUGAUAGUGGGACUGAUCAGAGAUUUUGGUACAGUACAAAAUGUCUCACAAAUUACGGCAUGCCUGCCACUCCCCCAGGCCGCUGGAGAGCCUAUCCAGUGGGGAGUGGUUCCGGUCCCAAUGCCCCCAACAAUACAAGAGAACAUUACGGUCAUGUGUCAGGUAGAAAACGUAGAGAAAGAGGUAGUAGAAAUAAAGGAAGGUUAUUCCCCUUUGUGGAAAUAUUCGUCCAUCUGGGAUUGUUGGGAAAAAGGAGGCAGAUACAAACCAAAACCUGGACUGUAUGGAGGAUUAAGAAAUUAUUGUUGGUGUUUUGAGAAACAAGAACAACAAAUUAAGAAAAAACAAUUAUCUCGAGAAAUACGGUGUCAAAAUAUGACACAAGAACAACCCUUAUGGGACCACUGGGAAGCUAUAUGGGGUCCAAGUUUACUGGAACACUAUAGUUAUAUCGGGCCUGUGGAUUGGUGUCUACAGUGGACAGGAAGUAAAAACCAAUCACAUGCAGAAGUAUCAGAGAUAAAUACCUCUACUAGGGAGAAGGUGAUAGCGAAAGAGAACUGGAACUGUACAGAAGUUUAUACAUGCGAUACUCCAGGGGAUCAAAUUAGCCUAGUGCCAGUAAGGGUCCUUUUGAAAUGGGGAUGUGAAUGUAGGAAAUACAAUCACACAAUACCCGGCAAACCCCUUAUGAACGGGUUUUAUGGAAGGGUCUCCUGUAGGACGACUACACUCAGAAGUCCGGGAAAUUUGGUAUGGGUAAUGGGACACGGACAAUGGACUACUCAUCUCCCUUUGGACAGACCAGUGACACAAGUAACAUUAGGGGUGCCAACAUUAUGCCCUUUGUGGAAACAGUCUAAGUUAAAAGCAUCAGGGACUAGGAAAAAGAGAGAAAUUGAUGAUUUGAAUGUGCUAGGAGAUGAAGACCAGUGGCAUGAACCAGACAGCGGAGUGAAAUUUGGAUGGGCACUGCAGAGAGAUUGGCAUUAG